AUGGAUAAAUACAUUAGCUUGCAGGACUUGGAAGACGCAGCCACAGAGAUCUUGUCAAAACCGACUGUUGAUUACUUUAGAAGUGGAGCCACAGAGGAACAAACAUUAGCUGAAAAUAAAUUAGCUUUUCAAAGGCUGCGGAUACUCCCUAAAUGUCUUAUGGGAAUCACCGGAGCUGAUCUACGUACUACUAUCCUGGGUCAUGAAGUUUCCAUGCCUAUUGGUAUAGCUCCUUCAGCUAUGCAGCAAACCGCACACCCUGACGGCGAAGUUGCCAACGCUAAAGCUGCACAAGCGGAGGGUACUGUUUAUACUCUGAGUACUGCAUCUACUUGCUCCAUAGAAGAAGUGGCUUCAGCGGCACCAGAUGCAUUUAAAUGGUUCCAAGUUUAUGUUUUCAAAGAUAGAGAAGUCACAAGAAAAUUAGUAAUGAGAGCGGAAAAAGCCGGGUUUAAAGCAUUACUUCUUACUGUUGAUGCACCAAUUUUUGGAAUACGAAGAUCUGAACUCAGACACAAGUAUAUAUUACCAGCACAUAUGAGACUAGCUAAUUUUGAAGAAUAUUUACCCACACCAACAGAUGAGGCUAAAGAGGACAGCAUAAGAAGUUACGUCGGAGGCUUAUUUGAUAAAUCAUUGAGCUGGGAAGCUGUAGAAUGGUUAAAAAGCAUAACGAAAUUACCGAUAAUAGCAAAGGGUAUACUCCGUGCUGAUGAUGCAGUGAAGGCCGCGAAAGCAGGCUGCUCCGCCAUACUGGUGUCCAACCACGGCGCCAGGCAACUAGAUGGAGUUCCAGCGACGAUUGAAGUGUUGCCUGAAAUCGUAGACGCAGUGAAAAACUACAACUUGGAAGUGUAUUUGGAUGGGGGUGUGACGACUGGUACUGAUGUCUAUAAAGCUUUGGCGCUUGGAGCAAAAAUGGUUUUAGUUGGACGACCAGCACUAUGGGGACUCGCUGUCGGCGGGCAAGCUGGUGUUCAGAGAAUGCUCAACAUACUACGCACUGAACUUGAGACUACGGUUCAAAUAGCAGGUAUAUUCAUGAUUAGUUCUAUGUUUCUCCUAGCAAACUUUAAGUAUACGCCAUACGACCAACGCACGCCAUAG